CAAUGGCUCUUCGAGCCUACCACCGGGGGCUUAAAGCCUUCCCUCAAUCACAGAUUUCAGAAAAUAAAAACUCAGAAAAAGGUCAACUUAUCCAAUACUUUGGUGGUGAUUAUUUAACAGGAAUUUCAAGUCAUGAUAUAUUCGCAGAAAAUGAUAAAAGCUUAUCUACGAUUCUCAAUAAUACUUUGGCUAAAUGA